AUGAUGUCUCCCAACGGCCGAUCAUUCCUCCUUGAUCCUCAAAAGGUUGCUGGACCUAUGCGAUAUUCGCAUGCGCGCGUGGUUCAGCCUUCUACACACCACACAAUUUACAUCUCAGGAAUUGCAGCUGUCAGCCCCGAAGGAGUUCUCGAAGGAGUCACCGAAAAUCCAGAUGGCAGCUUCACCGUCAAUGUCCGAGAGCAAACAGCCGCCGUCCUUCGCAGAAUCGAGAGCAUCAUUGAAGGUGCCUCAGAUGGGAAGGCAAAUUUAUACAAUGUUGUGGAUGCUACAGUCUAUUUACUGGAUAUGAAGACUCAAUAUGCAGAUAUGAACGAGGAAUGGAAUAAGAUCUGGUCCGACCGUGCCAGUGCUCCUUCGCGUGCGACUGUUGGAGUUCGAGAACUUCCAGACCCUCGUUUUACAGUGGAAAUCAAGGCGACAGCAAUCUUUGAGUUAUAA